GCCGGGCGCAGCCAUGCUCCGCCGCUCGCUGUGGCUCUGCCUCUGCCUCUGCUCCUGCCCGGCCCGCGCAGGUCUGCGCAUCCACGAGUACCUGUACUUCCAAGUGCUGAGCCCUGGAGACAUCCGCUACAUCUUCACGGCCACGCCGGCCAAGGAUUUCGGCGGGGUGUUUAACACAAGGUACGACCAGAUCCACCUGGUCCCAGCGGAUCCCCCCGAAGCCUGCGGAGAGCUGAACAAUGGCGUCUUCAUCCAGGACCAGAUCGCCUUGGUGGAGCGGGGGGGCUGCUCGUUCCUGUCGAAGACGCGCGUGAUCCAGGAGCACGGAGGGCGGGCGGUGAUCAUCGCGGACAACGCCUACGAUAACGACAGCUUCUACAUCGAGAUGAUCCAGGACAGCACCAGGAGGACGGCCGACAUCCCCGCGCUCUUCCUCCUGGGCAGGGACGGGUACAUGAUCAGGCGCUCGCUGGAGCAGCACGGGCUCCCGUGGGCCGUCAUCUCCAUCCCCGUCAACGUCACCAGCAUCCCGACGUACGAGAUGAUGCAGCCCCCCUGGACCUUCUGGUAGCGGCGGGAGGCCGCGGCAGAGCGAGGACUUUGGGGGGCGGGGGGGGGGGACCCCUGGAGCUCGCCCCGGGGACCGGCUGUGAGGACAGGACCCCCGCUGUGCUCCCGAAAUCCCACCUCCCGGCCCGACGGGAAGAUCCUCGUGCCGGCGUGGAGCUGGGCAAAACCCCAGCGCCCAGGGUGGGACCUCGAGCAACCUUUGCAGAGACUUCUUGGGAGGGAGGGGACGGCCCGGCGCUUCCCCGAGGAACACUUUAACGAUGCCAACGGCGCGCUGCUGAUUCCGAGGGGCGCGGUAUUACACGGAGGCAGCCCGCAGGGGAGGGGAGGGGGCGGCUGAUACGGGCUCGGUCUGUACUAGCAGGGCUCGCCCGGCCCCUGUGUAUUUUUGUCUGAGCUAAUGAAGUUUUAGAGGAAGGGG